GUGCCUCCCAGCCCUCCCCUCCGGGCGUGGUGCUGGGGCCGGGCCUGCAGUCACUGAGUCCCCUGCCGCCGCUAUGGCCCAGCCGGGGAGACCCGCGUAUGGCACUCAGAACGGGGCUGAGCAGCCGCAGCCCUAUAGCAACGGUCCUGUGCAAAGCCCAGUGAUGAAUUCAUCACAUCUGUCAGAUGGACAAGCAUUUAAUUCUUGGGUUCCAGGUGUGUAUUCCCAGCAAACAACAACAAAGAAUCCUCUGCAUACAUCUGCUGGACUGUAUAACUAUGGUAGCUCACAGCAAGUUUCAUCUUUUAGUAAUUAUCAGGGACCUGGGCAGACUCUUAAUAGACCACCUACUGGAUCUUCUAUGGCAGCAAUACAGCCUAGACCUGUUGCCCAAAUGCCUGCUCCAUUGCAAAACUCAGCUGCUGUAUCAACCUCUUCUGGUAGCUUUCCUUCUGGAGUUAAUUUCCCAGCACCCUCAAACUGGCAGUAUGGGCAGACUCCUUUGAAUCGGCCAACAGCUGGCUCUCAAGCAAACCAUUUUGCUCACCCAGCAGCAGCAAUGCAGCCAUUGCUGUCAUCGUCAGGGAAUACAAAUCAACCCACAAGCUAUCAUUAUGUUUCUUCUCCUGGAGGUCCACCAGUUCAAAACAGCUACACAAAGCCAGGUUCUGUUCCUCUACCAUUUAAUCAGCCGACGUAUACACCAAUUCGACCUCCUUUAGGACCUCCUCCAGCUUCUAUACAGCCAUCAGCCCCCCCUUCAGCUCCACUAGCAAGUAUUGCAUCACAAGCUGCACAGAAUUCAGCAACAAAGCAAGAAGCAGGUGAUGCUUCAUCCACUGCCAGCGAUGGAUCACUGGUCCAGAAUAAUUAUGAUACAAUAGAAGGAGGUGGCUUCUCAGCAACCACACAUACCCCUUCUGCUCCUCCUAAUCUUAAAACAAAUAGACAUGUUGGGAGUACUUAUCCCAGCUUGCCUCCAGGCUACCAAAAUGCAUCUCCACUUGGAGCUCCAAGAAUGUCGUCCCCAGGGAUGCAAUAUUCAUGUGGACCGCAACAGUUUCCUCAGCCUGGUAUGGGAACUAAUAACUUAGCUGCAUCUAUGGGUGGAUUGAGUCUUCAUCAAGAAGGAUUAAGAUCUAUCAACCUUCUUCAAGACAGAAAUAUACUUCCUGCAACUCCCCUGCAGGCACCUGUCCCAAAUUUGCAUGAAGAUAUUCAGAAGCUGAACUGUAAUCCAGAGUUGUUCCGAUGUACCUUGACUAACAUUCCUCAAACUCAGGCCUUAUUGAACAAAGCCAAACUUCCUUUGGGGCUCCUGCUUCAUCCUUUCAAAGACCUAUCGCAACUGCCGGUAGUAACUUCCAGCACAAUUGUGAGGUGUCGUAGCUGCAGGACGUAUAUCAAUCCUUUUGUCAGCUUUCUUGACCAAAGGAGAUGGAAAUGCAACUUAUGUUACAGAGUGAAUGAUGUUCCUGAGGAAUUCAUGUACAAUCCCGUGACAAGAGUUUAUGGAGAACCUCAUAAAAGACCUGAGGUUCAAAAUGCUACAAUUGAAUUUAUGGCUCCCUCUGAAUACAUGCUACGUCCACCUCAACCUCCUGUGUACCUCUUUGUAUUUGAUGUGUCUCAUAAUGCAAUAGAAACGGGAUACUUGAACACUGUAUGCAAGACCUUGCUGGACAAUCUAGAUUUACUCCCAGGAAAUACUAGAACAAAAAUAGGCUUUAUAACCUUUGACAGUACAAUCCAUUUCUAUAGCCUUCAGGAAGGUCUCUCUCAACCUCAGAUGUUAAUCGUUUCAGAUAUUGAAGAUGUGUUUAUACCAAUGCCUGAGAACCUACUAGUAAACUUAAAUGAAAGCAAAGAGCUAAUUCAAGAUUUACUAAGAACCUUGCCUCAGAUGUUCACCAACUCCUUGGAAACACAGAGUGCUUUGGGACCAGCACUGCAGGCUGCCUUUAAAUUGAUGUCCCCUACUGGUGGUCGAAUUUCUGUCUUCCAGACACAGCUUCCAUCUGUUGGAGUGGGUGCACUCAAACCCCGUGAAGAGCCUAACCAAAAAGCAUCUGCAAAGGAUAUACAUCUUACGCCAUCUACUGACUUCUAUAAAAAGUUGGCCUUGGAUUGCUCAGGACAGCAAGUUGCAGUUGACUUGUUUCUUCUCAGUGGGCAGUACUCUGAUUUGGCUUCAUUAGGGUGUAUAUCAAGGUAUUCAGCGGGUAGUGUCUAUUACUACCAAUCUUACCAUCACCAACAGAAUCCUCCUCUGGUGGAGAAAUUACAGAAAGAACUUAAGCGAUACUUGACUAGGAAGAUUGGCUUUGAGGCUGUUAUGAGGAUAAGAUGUACCAAAGGUCUUUCCAUUCAUACCUUUCAUGGCAACUUUUUUGUACGGUCAACAGACUUACUGUCAUUACCUAAUGUGAACCCUGAUGCAGGAUAUGCUGUACAAAUGUCAGUGGAAGAGAGUUUGACAGACAUGCAAGUGGUCUGUUUUCAGUCUGCCCUCCUUUAUACAUCUAGUAAAGGUGAAAGGAGAAUUCGUGUCCAUACACUGUGCUUACCGGUUGUUAACCAGCUGAGCGAUGUUUAUAUGGGUGCUGAUGUGCAAGCUAUUAUUGGGCUUUUAGCCAAUAUGGCUGUUGACCGGUCAGUUUCUGCUAGUCUGAAUGAUGCUCGAGAUGCGUUGGUGAAUGCUGUAAUAGAUUCCCUUUCUGCAUACCGAUCCUCUGUCUUGACUAUUCAACAGCCUGGUCUCAUGGCUCCCUUCUCAUUACGUCUCUUCCCGCUAUAUGUACUGGCUCUGUUAAAACAGAAAGCAUUCCAGACUGGUACAAACACGCGUUUAGAUGAUCGCAUCUUUACCAUGUGUCAAGUGAAAAACCAACCUUUAGUGUACCUCAUGCUUAUGAUGCAUCCUGCUCUGUACAGAAUUGACAAUCUCACAGAUGAGGGAGCCCUUAACAUCAGUGACAGAACAAUACCUCAGCCACCCAUUCUUCAAUUAUCUGUGGAGAAAAUAAAUAGGGAUGGUGCUUACCUUAUGGAUGCCGGAUCUGUCAUGUUUUUAUGGAUUGGAAAGAAUUGUGGACAGAACUUCAUCAACCAUGUCCUUGGAGUUCCAAACUAUGCAUCGAUAACGCACAAUAUGGCACAUCUCCCAGAGCUUGAUACAACUGAAUCUUCAAGAGUGCUUGCUUUUAUCUCUUGGUUGAGAGAGCAAAGGCCGUUCUUCCCUACAUUGUAUAUAAUAAGGGAUGAAAAUCCAUGGAAACCAAUUUUCCUACAGAACAUGAUAGAAGACAGAACAGAAUCUGCCUUAUCAUACUAUGAGUUCCUUUUGCAUAUUCAGCAGCAAGUGAACAAAUGAGCCUUUCAUUUACAUGGUUCAUUUUCUUCUACAGAACACUUAUGUUUGUAAUGCCCCUGUUCAGGUUUGGACAUGAUACAGUUGAUAAGAAUCUCACUGUGAUUUUUCUAAAAUAGCAAGGCGAAUAAAGGACCAUAACUUGGAAACAAAUGUCCAACUACAUGAUAGUGUACUUAAAAUAUAUUUGAACAAGUUGUAUGCCUUUAAUUUGCUGCAAACAUUUCACGAAAUAAUUGCAGUAUGUGAUAUAAAGGCAAUAUUGAAGGGGUAAAACCUUUACAAACCAGGUUUUUGUUCAGAUUACUAUAUUUCUAACUUUUUAUUUUUCUGCUUUGUGUUUUGCUGCUAGAUUUAUGACCUUCCAAAACUGAGUUGCAGGGAAACUAUAUUAUCUUUAUUCUAUAAUAUAUAUCACUAACUUAAAAAAAUUAAAAGAACAAUGAAGCAAUUCAUUGUGAAGUGAACAAAUAUAAUAUUUAAUUUAGUUUCCACUGCUUUUUAAAAUGGAUUAUGAUGAACAAGCAAAGUGAACUUGAAGUGGUCUAAUUUGAUUAAAAAUAAAUGUGAAAUAGUUCAUUUAAAAAACUUUUAGGGUGCAUCAGGAUCCUAGUAUAAAGAGAUCAAUGAACUUGCAUUAUGUCCAUUAAGAAUUAUAAUUAAGUGGCCUGAUUCAGCUGCACAAAUGGUGAAUACAGACUCUAGUUUUGGAUGUUAUCAUGGUGUAUGUAGUCUUUAAUUCAUUCAUUGAAAGUAAAUAGGGGAACAGAAAAUACAACUAAAACUCAUGACAUACUUAUGGAUUACAUUUGAUUAAAAUUAAGUCACUUUAUAUUGGAUUUCCUAUGAAAAGCUUACCAGUGAUGCAAAUCCCAUAACCUUAACUAUUAAAAGCUGUUCUGAACAUUUGAUUUGACAUCCACAGAGACAUCCUAGCAGAAGUAAUGUUGCCAUUUAAAACAUUCUUUCAGAGAAGGGUUUUCUGGCUUUAAGGGGGAAGGUGUGCUUGUUUUCAGAAAGCCCACUUAACUAAAACAGUCAUGAAACCCAACUUCUGCAUAGUAUAUCUACAUACAAUAAAUGUUUUACUCAUGCCCUGGAAAUGUCUGUAGAUUAAAUCAUGACAAAUAGUAUCUGUUUUAUUAUGUGUCUGUAUAAAAUACCAUGCAAGCAACCUGCAUCAGUAACAUCUUUUUAAAAAUGAUAUAACUUGUAGCUGGCAUAAAUUUCUACUCUUCCUCUUACUCCAGGCUCUUCAAGAGUUGAGAAGUGGUAAUAUUUUCCACUGCACUUUCUCCUUAGCACUCCCUUUUAGUAAUCCUUCACAGCCAUUUUCAGGCCAUUGCUUCUGUUCAGCUGUUAGUGAUUUAACAGAAGUUGCCUCAGUGCCAGGUAUGGGUAAGAAGUAUCGGCACAAAAAGCCACUAAAGUUCUCUGAUGAGCUGUGGUUUUUAUAAACCAGCAUUUUGAAUCAGAAUAUCUACUCAUAUAUAUGUUUAACCACAUUGUCUGCUAAACUAUGCAGUCUGUGGCCUGUGAAAAGUUACUUACAGAAUUGUCAUGUUGCAGUGGAAAAAGUCUCUAUUUAAAAGAAUUAAAAUACCCUUGUUGAAACUUGUUACAUUGAAAUACUUCAUCAGUGGUGUCACCUUGUAGAAGCUGUAAUUUUUUUCCCCAGCAUUUGUCAUCAGAACUGGUAAUGAACUUCAGGAGUGUAUGAUCAUGUGAUGUGUACUGGAAAACUAUCCACUGAUUGUCUCAACACAACCAAAGCCUGAAUGUUUAUGUUAGCAAUGUUCUCUUGAAUCUUCAAAACAAAACUAAACACAAUCAUUCCAAUCUGGCAAGAGCGAUCCACAGACAAAAAUGAGGCAUCUGCACAUAGAUUACCUUUCUGGUUCAGAAAUGUACAUGCCCACAUGAAGAAAACACAUCCAGCACCAAUGAGUGAUUGUGUGCAGCAGCAUUAACCCAAUGCUGAACAGAUGGUGCUGGCCGUUUUCUCAGCACUCCCUGUGUGGGGAGGUCUUUGUGUGCAACAGCAUGUUCUAUAUAAACUUUGGUUUGCAAUGGAGGAGGGGGUGCUGUGGACUCAUUACCUGCAGAUGAGCCAGCAUAAUGGUUUUGUUUAAACUACUCUGUGACUGAGAAAUUUAUUUCAUGACGAAUAUCUCUACCUUCUGUUUAAAAAAAAAAAUCAAGAGCCAUGAGCACAUAUUACUGUCAGAGAAGAAUGCUCUUUGAAAUGUCCAUAUGUUUUGCAAUACUGUAUUUUCUUAUUUUAUUCCUUGUAAUGGGGAAAAUGUCAUCUGGUUCAACUUGCAUUACUUUUUAAUAAUGGGGAUUGUAGGGCAGACUUACAUGUAAGACUGCCUGUACUGUGCUGUAGGUUAUAUGUAUUUUAAUGUCUACAGCGGCUUACUAGGCAAAGGUGGCCCAGAUACUCACAUCUUAGCAUGGCAGUCCACAACAGAUUUUCUCUAUUUUUCUAGUUUUAAGAUUUUUUUAAAACAAUAGUUCAGUAUGAUUGGUGAAUAUGUUGAAUUCAGUCAGCAUCAGAAAAAUCCAUUUUAAGUAGCAUUUGCUUUUCUGUAAUUUAAUAACUUACAUUUGAGCCAACCUUGACGGUUUUUGCAAUAAUCAGGAUGAAAUUUACAUUUAUUCAGAAUUUUACAGGAUAUGUCAUCAGAUGCAAAAUGGCUGUUAAGGGACCGUCAAAUGUGACAAAGCUUCUGUUCACUAGUUACUGAUUAAAUCCUUAUAGUAAAUUUGAUUUUGUAAAGUAGUGUAAAAUAUUGUAAUAUUAAUCCUUGUUUUCUGAACUCAGACAUUGAUCUUCAGUGUGAAUUUGUAAACCAUGUCCUUCUGAACUGGAGGCAAGGUUUUACUUGUUCCCCUUUUUACAGUUUGUAAUUUUCACUGUUUUAUUCCUGUAAAAAGUCAUUUGUAACACAUGCAAAUGCUUAUUUUAGCUGUGCUAAUUUAUCGAAUUUGGCUAUUCAAUAAAAUUAAUUGAAAGAG